ACAACUUCUGAAGGCUGCGCCGAUUUGACCACUCGCGCGGUUUACUGUCUCGUCUCGGGGGUGCCUGCUUCCGUUUCCGGCGUGACGCAAGCAGUGGGAGUGGCCGUUUCAUCUCGCGUCCACCAGGUGGAAGCACCAUCUACGGCCGCGAAACGAGCUCUCGGCGUUUCCGCCGUGGUUGGUGGUCGUCGCCUCUCCCCCCUCCUCUCGCGUCUUUAUAUCCGGCAGCUCCUCCCCGUCGUACGUCGGUUCGCGCAGGCUUGCUUGCCCGCCCGUCGAAAUGAACGUAGCAACGGCACCGCGGCGGCAUCGUCGAAGACCGGCUAACGCCAGGAUGGUGGUGUCCAGUGGAUAAAAAAAAGCGCUCACUCACUCCGGGUUUGCGGAUUAACCCCGCCGCGUUCCACGGCCGGAUUAUCGAAACCAUGGACGAAGACGUCGACCACGGGCGGUGCCUGGAGCUCGGGAUGCCGGACAUGACGGCGCUGAGCCGCAUCGACGAGGACACCAUCAACAACAACCUCAGGACACGCUACAGGAAGGACAAGAUAUACACUUACACGGGCACCAUCCUGAUCGCCGUCAACCCUUACAAGGAGCUCAGCAUUUACUCACAGGACUGGGUGCUCCGGUACAGCGGCCGCAAGAUCGGCCACUGCGAGCCUCACGUGUUCGCCAUCGCCGAGUCUGCGUACGACAGCCUGCAGAACAUGACCGCCAACCAGGCGUGCGUCAUAAGCGGGGAGAGCGGUGCCGGAAAGACGGAAACUACGAAGUUCAUUCUGCAGUACCUUUGCACCGUCACCACAAACGUGUCCACGUGGAUCGAACAGCAGAUUCUGGAGGCCAACACCAUCCUCGAAGCAUUCGGCAAUGCGAAGACGGUCCGCAACGACAACUCGAGCCGGUUCGGCAAGUUCAUCCAGGUGUGCUUCGACGGCCGCUUCCAGAUCAAGGGCUGCAUGAUCCAGGACUACCUGCUGGAACAGUCGCGCAUCACGUUCCAGUCGAGCGGCGAGCGCAACUACCACAUCUUCUACCAGCUCGUGGCCGCUGCCCAGCGCAGCGCCGAGCUGCGAGACCAGUUCGCCAUCGGGCCCGUCGAGCAGUACACCUACCUCAGCCAGAGCGGCUGCCUCUCCAUCGACGGCAUCGACGACGCGCUCAUGUUCGACGCCCUGAGGCUCGCGAUCUCCGUGCUCAACAUACCGCAGGAAAUGGUGGACGGCAUCUUCAGCGUGCUGAGCGCCAUCUUGUGGCUGGGCAACCUGCAGUUCGCCGACUGCGAGGAAGAACGGAGCUCGCUCACUCCCGGCGACGAAGAGAUCCUGAUGACGGUGGCCACCCUGCUGGGAUUCCAGCCGGAGGAGCUCACCUACGUCACGCUGCACCGGCAGAUCAUCGUGCGCGGAAACGUCACCGAGAUACCGCUCAAGUACCACGAGGCCCAACAAAACCGUCAUGCCAUGGCCAAGGCGUUGUACUCAAGGACGUUCGCCUGGAUCGUCAACUACAUCAACAUGUGCACCAGUCCAGGAAGAGACAGCAACAGGUUUCUCGGCGUCCUAGACAUCUUUGGCUUCGAAAACUUCGGGGUGAACAGCUUCGAGCAGCUGUGCAUCAACUACACGAACGAGAAGCUCCACAAGUUCUUCAAUCACUACGUCUUCGCCCUGGAGCAAGAAAUGUACCGCCAAGAGGACAUCCAGUAUUCUCAUAUCCAUUUCACUGACAACACUGCCUGUCUAGAAUUGAUCGAAAAGCCUCCAAAGUGCAUUCUGAAGCUCCUCGUAGAAGAAUGUCGUAUGCCUAAGGGCACGGACAUCAGCUUCGUGAGCAAGCUUCACCAGGAGCUCGAAGGGCACGCGUACUACGUCCGCGGCGACGACCGUCGGCGCUGGGAGCAAGAGUUCGGCAUCCGCCACUACGCGGGCACCGUCGUCUACACCACGCAGGGCUUCCUCGAGAAGAACAAGGACGCCCAGCAGGACCAGCUGUUCGAGCUCAUGCGCAAGUCCACCAACGCCUUUGUCAAGGACCUCGUCAAGUUCCAGGACCUUCUGGAAGUGACGUUGACGCGGCUGGCGGCCGGAGGCACCACGAUGACCAAGACGAUGAACAAGAGCAAGCCUACCGUCGCUGACGCCUUCCGCUACCAGCUGACGGCGCUCGUUGAACUUCUGCACUCGACUGUUCCAUGGUAUGUCCGGUGUAUCAAGCCGAACACUCAGAAAACAGCAAACAACUACGACGACGAGCAAGUUUUGACACAACUUCGAUACCUUGGAAUGCUGGAUAUCAUCCGCAUCAGGCAGCAGGGUUACCCCAUCCACAGCACGAUCGACGACUUCCUCCGGAGGUACCGAUGCCUGGUGAGGCAUAUGGGCACGCUACCGGCGGACCCCCUCAAGGCGUGUCGGUUCAUCCUCGAGAAGCUCAACAUGCCCAAGAUGGAGUGGCAGAUCGGAAAGACCAAGGUGUUUCUCAGAACGUCCGUGUUUGACCCACUCGAGGACUCCAGGCGAAAGCUCCUUCGCGAGAUGGCCACCGUCGUGCAGAAGAUCUGGCGGGGCUGGCGGCUACGGAGAGUUUUCCUCCAACAAAGAGUGGCGGCCAUCCGCAUCCAGCAGCACUUCAGGGGUCACCGCCAGAUGAUCCACUUCCUACAGAUGCGGCGAGCAGCCAUAACCAUCCAGGCGUACGUGCGGGGCAUGUUCGCGCGUGAAGUGGCGGCGGCGCUACGCGAGAUGCGACGCGUCGAGGCCGAGAUACGGCGCCGCGAGGAGCAGGAGCUCGAGCGACGACGCAUCGAGGCCGAGCGCGCCGAGGCGCAACUCGCCGAGGACGAAGCGCAGCUGGCCUCCGCCGAGGACAUGAUGCGUGUUCAAACGAGGCAGGAAUACGGCGCCGCCAAGGAAGAGCUGGCGGCCAUCUCCAACCUGGUGGAGAAGAACAUGCUGCGACGCGGCGGUGGCGGCGCCGACUCGUCGUCGCAGUCACCAGCACCAGCAGUCCGAGUGCGUCGACCUGGACGAGAUGUUCUCGUUCCUCAGCGAGGUGCACGAUCCUCACGCGCAGGCGCAGGAGUUCGUCAGCGGCAUCACGCAGGAGGUCGACAUCAUACUCCAGGAGGCCGAGGCCCACGAGGCCUGCUCGCUGGCAUCCACCGACCUGUCGGCCUCUACCGGCGACCUGCAGCACCAGGACGACGUGGCCGUCACUCCCAGCCCCGUCGUGUCCCCGUCGCCCCCACCUCCGCCGUCGCCCAGCUUCGUCCAGGAGCGCAGCAGACCUGUCCAGCCUGCCCCAGUCCCCGAGCGCGCCCAAGGAACUCAACGGAGGUCCCUGCGCGAUGCUUCCUCCGGAGGUUAGUGGCCGCACCAUCGGAACAGUUUAGCGAUACUAUAUUCACACUUGCGCCGCACUCUAAAAGAAAAUGCACAACGCGCUUGUGUUUUCCUUUUCAGGAGCCUCCUGUACGGCUAAGACAUCCGAAUAACGAGAGGAGACGAAUGACGAACCACGUGGAUGCCGAUGAUACUGACAGAGAUAUCAGGCGUCGGCAGCGCGUGGAGAAGCAGCUGAUCGCCAUGGAGGAAGCGGCGGCGGACGGGGACGAGGAGCACCACGACAUGAUCGAGUUCGCCGAGAAGAAUUUCAACGCCCACCUGCGCGACUUCGGCGGCGGCCCGGUGAUACGCACGCUGUCCCGCCGCCGCAAAUCGUCCGGCGAGAUCCUGCCCAAGUACGAGAUGGUCACCUACAGCCGAAACAGCGCCAUCCCGACAUCGCACCUGCACAUCUACGACCCGGAGAACGUGGCCAUUGCCUGUUCCAUAUUCAAGGACCUGUGCAAGUACCUGCGUGCCGAUGGGAAACCCGAGGGUGAUGUGCACAUAAUCCAGAGCAUAAUCGGCUACGGCAUCGAACGCGAAGAGCUUCGCGACGAGAUCCUGGUGCAGCUAGUGCGCCAGUCGACCAACAACCCAAGUCACGAGGCCACCGUUCGGGCCUGGUUGCUCAUUGCGCUCAGCGUGGUCUCCUUCAGGCCGUCCAAAGCGUUCUCGAAGUACAUCUAUUCCUACCUGAAGAAAAGCGUUAUGGAGGACUCUGAGAUCGCCGCCUAUGCGCAGUACUGCCUCGAAAACUUAAGCACGGCGAACGCCAUCAAUCGGAAGAUGCCGCCGUCGACUCUGGAGAUAAACGCCGUUCGACUGCGAGAGAACCUGGUGUGCCGCUUCUACUUCAUGGACGGCCGUACCAAGGCCAUUGACAUCCACCCGUCCAUCACGGCCGAGGACGCCAUCAAGACGCUGGCCAGCAAGAUCGGACUGCGCUCGCUCGACGGCUGGGCGCUGUACGAGUGCACGCCUGACCAUGAACACGUCAUCAAAGGAUUUGAAUACCUCGCCGAUAUUAUCUACCAGUGGGAAACGUGUCGGCGCACGUCGGCGACGUUGACCAAGUACACGACCAUCUCGAAGAAGGGCCCGACCAAGGCCCUCGGUGGCGGCGAGUGCCGCUUCGUAUUCCGCAAGCGACUCUUCAAGGCGGUGCGCGAGAUCCCACAGGAUCCUGUCGAAGUGAGCCUCCUGUACGCACAGGCGGUCCACGACGUCGUCAAGGCGGACAGCUUCCCUGUGGUGGAGAGAGUAGCUCUGCAGCUAGCUGGCCUGCAAGCUCAGGUCUCUGUUGGCGAGCCGUCAGAAAUCGAGGAGCUUGACAGGUAUCGGGACGUGGAAAGCUACAUCGCCGAGCGCAUCAGGGACACGCGUCCCGAGAACGAGUGGAUCCAAGCUCUGUGCACCGCCCAUAGAACGUACGGAAGCGGAAAGUCCGAACUGGUGUGCAAGGUGUGGUACCUGUCCAUCGUCAUGCAGUACCCGCUGUAUGGGACCGCCUUGUUCCCAGUCACCUGUCGCGGCUACCUCACCUACGACCACCAGUUGCUGCUGGGCAUCAGCUGCGAAGGCGUGCUGCUGGUGAACGCGGACAGCAAGGCCAUCCUGAACGCGUACCGCUACUCGGACCUCGAGUCCGUGCUGGUCAACGAAGAGGAUCGCCUGGUCACCGUCACGCUGUCCAAGAGCGUGCCGGACCUACACAAGUGUUACCUGUUCGAGACGCCCCAGCACCAGGAGGUGGCGUCGCUUGUGUCCAGCUACUGGCCGCCGCUGGCCGCCCGCAUGAAGCCCUCGUACGAGCUCCACGUCAAGGGCCGCCUGGCGUUCGAAGACCGGGUGAAGCUGCACCAGGAAGUGAUGAACUGUCGGCGCACUCUGGUGGAUAGCGGCCUGCUCAACAAGCCCGAGGUGGCCACGCUUGGACUCUUCAGGAGCACCCUGAGGAGGUUGAACAGGAAUCGUUUGGACAAGCUCCGCCAGGAGUACAGCUCGGAAGGCUACAAGUCGUACCAGCACACUUACUGGGCCUUCAGUAAGACACCCAUCGGACAGAGCUUUCUGGUCAUGGCCGAUACACAGGGAGAGACCACAGCCAUCAAGGUCUUCACGUCCAUACUCAUCUUCUCCGGACUUCUCGAAGAAGAGGACACCGAGUGGCAUGGCCAGCGGGAUUUGAUCCAGCUGGCACAGUCCAUCAUCGAGUGCUGCAUGGCGCGCGAAGUGCUGCUCAACGAACUCUUCAUGCAGCUGAUCAAGCAGACGACUGACCACCCAGAUCCCAACAGCCGGGUGAACGUGCGCCACUGGCAGCUGCUAUCGCUGCUGUGCAGCGUGGCUGCGCCGACGGACCGACGCAUUCUGGGAUACCUGCACGCGCAUCUGCGGCACUGCGCCAUGGACGUCGUCACCGAGGAGGGCCAGUUCGCGCAGUUCGCGCUCAAGAGCCUGAUGCGCACCCUGGAGACCCGUGGCCGGCGGUGGCCCCCGUCUAGAGACGAGGUGUCGUGCACCACGCGGCGACACCCCUGCCGCUCCAAGGUGCACUUCCUCGACGGCCAGGUGCAGAACGUUGACUUCGACCCCUGCGUGUCUGCUGGAGAGAUGCUGACCAUGCUCAAAGCCCGCAUCAACCUGAGGCCGACAGCCGAAGGAUAUGCCAUCUACGAGGUCAUCGGACCAACAGAGCGAGCCAUGCUGCCUGAGGAGAAGAUGGCCGACGCAAUGUCCAAGUGGGAACGCUGGGCUCAAAGCCAGCAGGGCACCGCGAAAGCCAACAAGCAACAGUACUUCCUUUUCAAGAAACACCUACUGCUUGACGCCUACAUAGACUUGAGUGAUUCCGUGGAGGAAGAGCUGCUGUUCCAUCAGCUUGUCUACAACAUCCGCCUGGACAGGUUCCCUGUGACGGAGCACGAAGCUGUCACCCUGUGCGCCCUCAAGGCUCAACUGGACUACGGGGAUUUCCGGGAGGCAAUUGUUGACUAUAGAAAAGUGAUGGCCCAGUGUCUUCCGAUGCGGCUGCUCAAAAUGAUAUCGGCCGACCAGGUGGUGACGCAGCACCAGGCUUUGGCCGGCAUGAAUGUGCAGGAGAGCAAGCGGGCCUUCCUCGCCUUGCUCCAGUCGUGGCCCCUCCACCGCGCCACCAUCUUCGAGGUCACGCAAUCCUACACAUCGUCCUGGCCCAAGACACUGUGGUUCGCUGUGGACCAGACAGGCGUGCACUUGCUCGAGCUGCGCACACGGAAUGUAUUGUGUGCCUGCGAAUACGAGAGCAUCAUAAACUACAGCCCAUCCCUGAACAGUCUCAUGAUUGUCACCGGAGGUGGCAAGAAGGGCGCCAAGUACAUAUUCACUACCAAUCAGGCGUUGCAGAUCGCCGGCCUCAUCAAAGACUACACGAACGUGCUCCAGAUGAAGCGAAAGCCCACGGAGAGAAUGUGGCACACGCCGCAUAUCAGUGCCGAUGCGAGCGCCGCCGCCCAGGAAGGGCUAGGCGGUACCGCCCAGCAGGAGACGACUCCGCAGGGGUCGGAGCCGCAACCGCCGCCCGUGACUACUCGGCCAGUCAGCAUCCUCUACAAACCGCCUCCGCCAUUGCUAGUCGGCGAGGAUUUCGUCUAAGCAAUUUUAGAGGCACAAAAGCAGUUCGGGGUAUAUAUGUACUACUGCGCGCAAAACUGCUCAGUACCAACGAAUUCAGUUGGCUACACGAUUCCAAAGAGCGGGUAAGACGAUGAUUUCGAUGUCGUUGCGGUGCUGUGUAAAGAAAACCCUAUCAGUCGCCGACUUCGGGGCGUUGGAGGGGUCAGGGGCUCCGACUUACCGAACAUCUCAAGCUACCGUGGCUGGCUCGCUAAUCGCGAAUCGGGCAUAUCCUAUGGUCUGACCUAGGAGUACUCAGGGGGGUACCUUGGACCUAGGGAUAUGACACACCCUGCAAGAUGUGUAAAUAAGUGUAAUCGUAGGGUUGGUUUUGGUCAGAGGCGGAAAAAAAAAGUGAAAUAGCUUUCUGUCGCUGAACGAAGAAGCGAAAAAAAAAUCUCCCCGAACAUAACCGCGAGGGAUUCGAACUACGUACCUAUCUUCUCUUCGACGGUAACAUGCCUUUCAGUGGAGCCAUAGCAGACGAAAUGCUCAGCGGCUUCUGCCGUAGGAGAAAAUGCGUGAGCGCGGCCUCCGAGAUUUGGCAGAGGGCUGCAUGUGUCCGCAAUCUCGAAGGCCGUGUCACGACAAUACGGGAUCUAGCCCUGCCAGUUAAAUCUCAUAUGCCAUAUAUACCGCACGUCCGGUAAUCUCGUUUAACUAACCAUAUGUGUUCAGUAUGCCAUCUCAUAUGAUCAUACGAGAUGAUUGGUGAUGAGGAUAUGUGGCAUAUGAGUCAUUUAAGCUCUACCUUUUUUGCUCGGGCGGCGCUGCAUCGUCUGGUUUCAGUUCGAGUGUGUUUACAAAUAUGCCGGCGUGGGGAUGGCGCAUGCCUUGACUAACGAGAAAGCGAUGUUUAAAUUCCACUCGAUCGACAGUGGUUCACUCUGAGAGAUUUGGUUUGACCUGCUGCAGUUAUAAUCAUGCCGAGAUAUUAUUGUCGAAUUCCGCCGUGUUUGCGUUUCAGCCAAUCAGAAAGGGCGUAGUUAGACCCCCCUACCCGUGUCCAGUAAUAGGAGGAAAAAUGACAGUCUGUAACCUGGCGGAAUUCGACAGUCUUGAGAAUAGUACUUUUGGUGACGUCAUAUUAUAGUAGCACACACAUAUAUACCUCGAUGUUUGACUGUGUUCUUACUUAUGUGUUGGCGUAAAAACUUUUGGCAGUGAUGAAAUACUAAUAGGGUGAAUUUUUUGCUAGUAAUUUUCUUCGAUAAGAGUCGUAUAAUGACACUAUGCACACUGGCGAGUAAAAGUUUGGAGCCCAUGGAAUCAGCGAAACACUUUUAGUGAUACUCUGUAAUGUGAAAUUCCUUGAAGACAUUGCAUAGCUCGAAUACAAGCGUGUAGGCUGUACCACUUCAUUUCAGCCAACAUAACCAGGCUACGAAGCAAAAAUAUUUUUUUCAUGGCACUAUUGGUCUCCAAACAUUUGCUUGCGAGUGAACAUGUUACGUUACAAGCAACUUUUGCGUAAACAGGACGUCAGAAGAUGUCACCAGCAUUACUACUGCUAGCCACGUUUCGGCAUCGUGCACAUAAGGUAACGGUAACACACAUACAUCAGGCUUAAGUUUCGAAUGACAACCGCUUUAUCUCGAAUGAGUCGAGCCCCCGUACAACGCCUGCGCAUGUAGUAGUCGGUCGAUCCCAGCGCUGGCAUCCAGUCAGAUGUAAGCGUUGGUCCACCCCACCGCUGCCACCAGUUAUGAGGCGUUGGUCGAUUCCACUGCUGCCAUCCAGUUGUGAGAGGUCUUAGGGACCAUCCCCAGAGGUCGUAUGCGGAGGUCACAACUUCAUAAUUGGAACUCCAAGUUAACAAGACAGCACCGCAUACGUGUAUAACUUCCGAAGAAAACGUGGGGUUCUGAGCUUCUCUGAUCAGAAAUCAGUCAGCAUUCCUGAUCAUCGAGGGCGACGGGAAACUGCUAAGUGAAUCAUUUGCAUAAGUAUUCAGAGGUAACGGUGAUUAAUUGCGAGUUUAUUGCGCGCGUCUACUCCGUCUGGUGAAGAAACGCUGCUGAAAUCAAGCAGAUGAAAAGCUAGCUUUGUAUAUGCAGUCCUUCGAAUAUCAACGAGCAUUUCACUUAAGGUGCAGUCGGCACACGUCGUGCCAAUAUGACGUUUCUAAUGGCCGAGCUGAUCGAAGGCGCAGAAAACUUUCACUGCCCCAUCAAAUGAACUUCCACAAAUGCGAAAAAUAUGCUCUGUUACACAGACAUUUUACAGUUUAGCUCAAGUUGAGGUGACCUUAUAUUGUUCGGGGCGCACGCGUCAUAAAGGCUUUGCCUCUACGCUUUGCCGCCAGGAGCGUAUCAACUCUCAAGUCAGUAGUAUUGAGUGAGGCCACAAUUCUGUAUCGCAUACUUCCAAAUGAAAAGGGAAUUAAAUUAUAUUUCAUCUUAUAUGACAGUAUCAGAUAAAAAUACUCUAGAUAAAAAGACCAGACCAUCCGAUCUUCCUCAAGCUGCACAUACAACAUCGCCGAAUAAUUUUGUGCCACACGAAUGAAAAAUUGUCCUAAACUUUCUUUUUCACGUUACGGUAUCCAUGGAAACAGCUUUGUAGUGGAAUGUUCUAUUCCAAAAAUACUUCUUUUAGUUUCAUUUUCUGCCCUGAAUUUUGCAAGCCCUGUCCUGCAAAAUUCUUUUUCGUCUCAAGCCUUUUCACUGUCUUUAUUUUUUGUGGGUCCUUACUUAAACGUAGUUCACAACAACGUGAAACUCGAAGUCCCACUGCUUAGUUGUAUUUUUUUUCAGACGAUGACUAGUUCCGCAGCCGUAUUUAGUCUGGAAUAAUUGUUUCUUAUUUCAACUAGCACGUGACUGCCACUGUAAAUUUCAUGCUCAAGAAGCAUCCUUGUAGAAGUGUGCAAUGCAUAUGCAUAUAGGUUUCAAAAUGUAGUGACGGUGCAUGAGCGGAGAACGGCCAGACGGCCUACUUUCUCGUUGCACUGACACUAAAGACUUUCCUAUGUUCCUCGGACGAAAGUGCUCUUCGGCACUGGAAUUUGUGAGCGCAGUGCUGUGACCUCUCUUGGUGGCUCAACUUUCUCGGCAAGUGCUUCUCAACCAAGAGUGUGUCGACAUGUAAAUAUUACGUCAAUUGCGAGUAUUCUUUUUUCAUUUUUUUACUUUUAUGAGCGAUAAAAAUAGCAACGUACCCCGCGGUUAGAGCGUUUCGCCAAAAGGCAUGUUCAACCUGGUUCAAUAUGACAGAGAGCACGUUAUGUACGUAGCAAAAAGUGAAGGCAAAAACAAGUUUUGUUUAGCAGGUGAUUGCUUAGUGCAACAGUGUAUUGCUUAAUUGUCGUCCGUUGGGUGAGUCGCAAAUAUGGCUACAAGUUAUGGCUAAUGCUGCUUUUUUUAUUUCAUAGCGAUUUAAAAGAUGGCGCCUGAAUAGUCCCUCGGCUUGGAGUUACUGCGCACAUUAAGUAUGCCACGGGUCUCUAUGUCAAGAUGUCAAUGUGGCUCUGAGUAGAAAAUGAUCAGAUUGCUGCUGACAUAUAGAGUAGUCCUGCGUGCUAAAACGACCAGAAAGCUGUCAGGUCCGUAGAGUGUAAUUUUCGGGUAACAUUGCACCUUCAGCCAUACCACUGAAACACAAAUUCAUGCCAUAUACCCGUGACCACGUUUUUCCGGUGCAAUGAACAAAGCCAGUAAACAAUUCGCAAUUUUUAACAGUCGAAAAACCGUAGUUCAAGUCGUCAUUUUUUUAUAUAUGCAUAUUCGAGUUUGAAUAAAUAGGCUUUGUUUCCGGUAAGUCCAAUACCCGGCGUAAUGUACAUGUCAAACGUGUAGCUUUACUUCUGGCUCACCCCACAAGUGUGGCCCGAAUUUGCGUCAGUAUUUGUCUGCUGGAAUGCCAAGUGUUCCCUGCCACAUUGAACCAAAGAUGGACGAGACUUGGGUACUGGCUUGCUCGAACAAACUUGCCAGCAUAACGUCUGAAACGUAGAUAAUGUACUUGGUCUAAUUUCAUGUAUGUUGAAAGCAAAAAGAAGUGAGCAGCGCAACUGCUGACGUCACAGUCUGGUAACACGUUCGACCACGUGCCGGCGGGAACGUUUGUUCUUUCCGAGCAAGAUUCAAAGUUGGGACUUUUUUGGCUGUACGGUGUGCAGUUUGUUCAAGCAAGCGCACCCCAUUCUUCUGCACGGCGUUAUUACAGCUUUAGCAGUGUCUUGAUGACUUAAGAUAAUAAAGGAUGAAAUAGAUGGGGGAGAAAUAGAUUUUCAUAUCCGCACAGUACUUUACAUAUGGCAAUGAAUCGCAAACAGUGACGGCACUCUCGAGAGCACCUUAGAACAGUCUUCUGCGUUCACACUCAGUAGAGUUUCUAAAAGCCUGAAUCAGUAGAAUAAUCUACGGAACGUCGUCCUAACGCUUUUGUAAGCGUAUAGCUAUGAAAGUUGUGGUUUCAUUUUCUACGACGUCGUUGCGGUACUCGCUAGUAGGAAUGAGAACAGCUUCGCGCCGACCUGUCCUUGGACGCGCGAUAUGCUGGUUUCUUUAGAAGUUCCAGGGCUUCAAGCUCAGAUUUUGGCUUUGGGCAGAGCCGUAGCAAGGGUCGUGAGUUAUUUCGCAGUUUUACGGUUGUGCAAGCAAGGGCAAGGGAAGAUUGCCUUUAGGGCAAUAAUCUUACGGUGUUCCAGUAGAUUGUUUUCUGCACAAAGUACUCGUCUUCUUGUGAGUAGCCCUUAGCUAUAUAUAGUUUAGUUGUAGCCUUAUGCAUGCGGUAGGUUUGAUGCAUUCUUCAUGGCGGACUUCGGUGUUCAUAUAAUUUCAUUACGCGUCAUCUCACAAACUCAAGGACGGCGGAGAUCGAAGCCUUCGAAUCAAUAACUGUGCCAAAAAGAAAUCUCUCAUCGGACGUUGCGCCAAAUUACGGGGACACACACAGAAGUUUAUACCGCAAAGGAACCAUAUUUCCGCAGUGCCGAACGUUUCGCAGUUCGGCAUGUAAAGCUGUAAAUGUGUGUCACUGAAAUUUGUAUAAAGGCUUUUCGCAUGGUUUGCUAACGUUUUCUUAAGCCCAGAGCGAAAUUUGUGAAUUACUUCUGUUAACAGUUAUUGCUUGAAAACUGGACACAUGUACAGAACUUGGAAACUGCACACAUGCGUGGACACGUAAGCAGAAGUGCAUAGGCAAAGUGUCUAUUUAUUCGUACAGAUUUUCAUUUACUUCACUCACGCCAGUCUCUAGCAAGGAUAAGUGUCAUAGGUCUACUUCGCCCAUCGGGCCGAGCAUAUAUACAGCAUUGGCAAGAACAAAAACUAUAACCUACUGCAAUUCCUCUUGGUUCAGCUUUGUGCAACUAGAUGACACAUCCUGUAUAACGGUAUAUACCUACGUUCCUUAUUUUCCUGGUGCCGACACGGUUACUAAGAGCUUGACGUAACCAGGCACGUUGGUACGCAGUAUUUUAAUCGUUCUGUCAUACACAUUUGUAUCGCACAGUGCACAUAACCCGGAUAUUUACGGUCACACUUCUUUUUUUUUAGGCAGUGAUACGAGAACUUGUCACGCAAGAAGUGCAACUGAUUUGCUCUGCACUUUUUCUCUCUUCAAGUCGGUCUUACAAUGGUUUGAGCUUAGCUGUAAAGUAAUGAUGCAAAAUAUUUUCCGAAUAAUUGUUUACCCUUCUUUGUAAUUUCGUUUCUCCAAAUCUAGUGUCGGUAUUUAGGGCGUACACAAAUACAAUGUACUUAAAUAUAUUACAUUUUAGUUCACUAUCUCUUUACAAUACUUAAGAUGCGUGUUUUCCUUUCUUACGUUCAUUAAAUGGACGUUGGAUUCAUAUCGAACUCAUGGAACCCGCCGAAUGAUGUGCGCAGAUGAAUUUUACGUAGAACCAUUUGAGAUUUCUCACAGCGUACGGAAGCUAUGGAAGGUCAUAUGAUUCCCAUUAUGCUCUCACUUGAUUGGUACUCUCACGCGUAUGUAAGAUGCGGAUAAACUGCGGUAUAAUUUCUGCGGAUACUCACGCUGCCAUGUUCUAUAUCUUGGUUGUUUGCGAAAGUAGUAUGAAAUUGUUUGUAUGAAAAGCAUCUUUGAAAUGCGAAAGGCUAUGCUUUUCGACAUCUGUCCUAAAAGCGACAAACCCCUCGUUUGAGUGAACACGAAGUGGGUCAGCAGUGUUCGUAGGUCUUCGUGCAACAAUUUGUUGCACGAAGACAUCUCUGAAACUGAAAUACUCGGAACGAACAUACUUAAGCGUAUGGCAUCUCUCGAUAGUAAGAGUAUAUUCAUCUGCAUCUUUGUGAGCGUUAUCAUUAUUUUAGUGCAGCGCCCAACAUUAUGCUAGCCAGAUUUCUUUAUUCAGUCUUCAGCAUGAUGUAUACUCGUAGCUUGCACGUCAGUCUUUCCAGUAGUGGGGAGAUCAGCUUUUGGCAGACUGAAGCCAUUAACGAAUGAUUUAUUGCUCAAGACUUACAGGAGGUGCUGCGCGAACAACAACCUGUGUAGUAUCCAUCUUUUUCCCUUCCGAGCAUAUCAACACAACAUUUACUCACAAAGAAAUCUAAAAAAAAAACGACAUGCCAAGUAUUUCUCCGCGAUGUUUGAUGUUUGAACCGUGACAGCGGUUAUACAUUCCAGUGCCACAGCUUAUGUGUCGAAAGGUUGUGAGACUGAACUUUUUGUCUUCGGUUUUAAUAUAAAUGCACUCAUUCUGUGUCGAUGCGCCGCGGAUGGCUAUCGCCGAAAUUCGGUGCAGUUCCGAAACCGCGAGGAGGUUUGGCAUUACAUGACACGAAGGAAAAAAACUCCGAAGAAAUUUCGACGGCGUUUUAUUCCCCUUAGUUUUUUGAUGGAACAGAUGUGAUAUUUCUUGCCGUUGUCCGAUUGAAAUUCAGUUACCCCCGUACGCCCGUUUCCUGCAUGACACAACCAAGAAACUGCUUCUAGAAAAGUUUUAACUAGAAGUAAAUGUGUACAUAAAGGCUUCCAGGUGGAAUGUGCAGUACAUCCGUAGGUAGAACUUUAUUAACCACGCCGUUUUUAUUUAUACGAUGGUCUGCAUCUUGGUGUUUCGUUAUGCCCGACAGAUUCGUCAUAGUGAAUCUUUUCCGUUGCAGUAUGGCUGAAUUUAUGUUCACGAUAGAUGUCCACGAGUGUUGCUUCCCGUAUCCCUGAUCGAGAGUCCCAACAUUCACCGCCUCCAGUUACUCCACGGAAUAUAAGAAUAUUCGUGUAGAAUCGCGAGUAUGUCGUUAUCUCAAGUUUUUUUUUAAGCCGCAGUAUUUUAUUAUCAGUCCCGUUGUUCUGACUGUGUCACUUUGGCAAAGAAAGCUCGCGUGUAGCUACCACACGAAGCACCUGUCUGACGUCACUGUCACCUGACACUUUUCGCGCUACCUAUCGUAUCUCAGUGUGUGCACUAUUGGCACAGAACGCUAGACAAAAAAAAUGCUAAGAAAAUGCUUUCAGUGUCUGUGUUUUGUAUGGCUCUCUUGAAUGUAAACUUCUUUGUUUCGUACUCCUCAGGCCUCCGAAAUGUAUUUCUUAUCAGAGUUAAUUGUUAAUUAGUGUCCUCUGUACGUGGCGUAGGCUGCCGAAGAGUCCACGGAGUGUUGUAACCAGGGAGAUCAGGAAAAUGCAUUUUGAAGUGUUUUAAUUGUCAAAUUAUAGAGCCGUACACGCUCAUUGAAACGACUCGUUUGUACUGAAGCUCCCAUAGAAGCUAAAUUUUGUAAUUAAGUCUCCUACAUUAAUGUUUCAUUGAAACAGGCGCCAUAUUGCCAACAUUCUUUUCUGAAAAGAAAUAUUGAAUUUAUACCUGACAGAAUGUCCAUAUGUUUCUCCUAGGUGUAUUUUUUUUACAUAUGUUCCUGUCUGCGCAGCUUAUUUGGUAGCCCCGUGAAUUGAUAGUUCAUUAAAAGAGGCGUUAUAUCGGCCAUUUUUUUCUGUAAAGUAAAACAAAUAUUGAAGCUAUAUUGGGCUGAACGCCAUGGCCCUUUCCUGUGUGUUUUUCUACGUAUUUUUGUGGGUUUUUCAUUUUUUGAGUGUUUAUUCCGCUACAUUUGCAUAUUCGUUAGAUUGUGCUAGCACGUAGCUAUAAGUCACCUUUUUAUUUAGUUGGCGGGCCUUAAUCAGACGUCCAUUCAAACCUUUUGUCUGGCCUUCUAUGGUUUCUGUUGCGGGUGAAGCAGUAUUCAAUUAAUUAAAUGUAGAUGACCCGGUACAUCCUCGCUAUAGUAGCUCUGCUGAUUUAUAACUGUAUUGGCCGUUUUUUUUUUUGUUGUUGUUGUUGUUUUUUAGAACCAAAUUGCCUUGCUUUUUUUUUAUUUAGCCACUUUGUUUUCAUUCUUUAGUUGAGUACAGUCAACUACUGUAAUUAGGGGAACAUUAUUUUUGUGGUGGGACGUGAAUGCACCACAGCUGUAAGUAGGUGAGUUUUAUGUUCUUUUCAUUCGUAGUUACGUUGUACUCCUACUUCCUUCGACGUCAUCUGGUGCCUGGUUAAAAACGUCAAGUUAAUGCGCCCGACAAUUACAAACACUUCAAUGCUGCUUGGGUUCUGUGACUGCUGGCCUCUUUGACAGCUUACUUCUCUUAACUAACCCAUAAUUCUCCACAAGUACUACUGCCGUGCGCAGUGUAGUAUCCCUCCGUUACGUACAUCAACUUCCAGUUUCGGUGGUGAUGACCCCUCCCGUACCUGUGUCUUUUAAAAAAAUGGGAUCUAGAGGAAACACAUGUAAAAAGCCUGUGUUAGUUCUUGUACAUAUAUUUAUUCUAUCCUCUUUCACUGAGCACACGAGCAAAAACAUUCUUUGUCGUGCGGUGUUUAUUUAACCGGGUCUAGAACUGCACGAAAGCUCGGCUACGUGUCUGCAAAUCAGCACUGGUUUGUUGUCACAGAUAAGUUCGGUGUCGUGUUUUGCAAGCAACGGAAUAUGAGAAACAUACUCACGCUUUUUAUAUUUAAAAAAAAAGCGCUUUCGUCAAAGUUCGACGGAGGAAGGGUAAGGGGGAAUGUGGAGAGUUGAACUGGUGUCGGAUGCCGCAGUAUAUAUCGACAAAACAAAAAAAACAAGCUCACUUUGUCUGGUGAAAGAAACAAAAUGUGUUCACAACUUUUUACGAAGAGCUUUGACGCGGUUGUUGAUGCUUUUUUCUUUCUUUUUUUCAUUCUUCUGUAAAUAACUACUAUAGUAUUGAAACGACGACGGUGCACGACAAUAUAAUGAUACACCUAAGCUUCGAUAUCAUAUUUAUUGUCGCGUUGUCUCUUGAGGCCCCAUUCCCGACGUAGACGAAGCUGAAUGUAUUCGAAACGGCCACAGAUGCACUGAUACUCACGUGUAGGCAUUUCUUUUCGUGCAACGCAAGGUUUUGAGCUUUAGCAGCUGUCAGCAGGUUUUUAUGCGCAGUUCUUAAAAAAACGAAAACUUGGGUGCUUUGUGCUUAGGUGCCACAUGUAAUUGAUUCUGUUCGUAACGCUGCAAUACUUUAGCGCCGUCACAUUGAAUUAUAACUGACCGCAGAGCACGCGGUCGCCAUAUUUGAAAGCGUGAUUGGCUGAACCUUUUCAAAGAAACAUGAAGGGUUACUAGUUGGUUUCGUGUACUUAAUUGGAUAAGUGCCGAAAUGGAACGGAAGGUAAAAAGGGACGACACACAGUACAGAUGUCAAAGACGUUGGACAGUAUACAGACGACACGCAGUGCAGAUGACGCACGUUGCAGACGUCGUAAUGUGGACAACACACAAGUGCUCUUUGACGUCUGCUUCUUCGUUCCCUCCUGUUUAUCCGCCGUUGAAACCAACGCGAAACGACUGCUACAAAGAUUACGCGCGAUGCGGCAAGUUACGUCACCUGAAAGCGCGAGUGCUCAGAACAGUUUUGUGCGAGAGGCUGCUUGAAGACUAUAUUUUAAGAACGCCAUCUUGGAAACCCAAAUGAUCUGCAUUUUGCCUCGCGACCAGAUAUGGUGGCGCUGCUGUCGAGUUUGGAGUGUUCCGUUCUUCACGCUCUGAUCUACAAUUUGUGGCUCCAAAAUGCACGAGGCGUUUUGCUUGUUGACCAAAUAAAACUUAACUGCGCAUAACAAACCUGACGACGGAUGCUAGAGUCAUGCCACCGGUAUAGAUUUCUGCAACGGUGUUAGGAGGGUUGCAUCUAAGUGACAACAGCUCAAACUGCGCGUCGUUCCGCUUUGGAUGUGCAAAAUGUUCGUGACGCACUGUGCUUGCCAUGGCAUUGUCACCAAACCAUUGUUUACUGUUUACUGUGUGUUUUAUCGCUGUGCACGCAAUGACAAAUGCGGUAGGGGGCGCUUAUGUCGAACGCUUGUGCCAGGGUCACGCUUCGUUCGUGGCUGUACGUACUAUCAGCAUAAAUUCAAACGUGAAUGAUUCCAAAACUACUACUGAUGCGGUGUUCCAUUUCCACGCUCACCUGCAUUUAUAACAGUGGCCUAAUUCUGACAUUCAAAAGUACAGGUGUGGGACUACCUUAUGCUUAGAAGAAGUCUACAGAGCGAUUACGCCUAACAGGCGUUCUGAGCAGUUAUUUUCAGUUCGCGUUUCAGUUUAUGCCUAUGGUACGUAGUACAGUUUAUGCCUAUGGUACUAACAAGCUACGUUCUUCAGGACAUGUUUGAACGAGCGAACCCUCUCCCGCAAGACUUAUGCAAACUUGCUCAGUGUGCGACUGUGGUUACUUGCACUUGGGUUUCUUUGCAGGAGUGUUUAUCACCCAGUGGAAAGAUGUUGGCCAUCGAUUUUGUUAUGCAGGUUUAUCCUUUGUUCGAUUGUCCUUCUGUCCAGUUCUGCGUACAGUCGGCGUCAGAAGUUUGCGGACGCGAGAUCAGAGAAAACGAAUUCCAGUGCAGUUUGUGACCGCAUAACAUCAUGGUGUUAGCAUAUACUAGUACAGGCUCGAGGUCCGAACACCAGGUUACGUGCCCAGCCUGCAGAAAUGUUCAGCUUUCUCUCAGAUCACGUGAUUCGUAAUCUUUUGACGCCGUUUGUAAAUUCGCAAUUAUACCUUAAGUUAUUGAGCCAUAGAUACUUAAUGUGUUUUUGACAGGUUCACGCUGUUUAUUAUGUUUUCGUAUUUUGUUCUUGUCUUUUCAAUCUUCGUUGAAAUUUUUUGUGCGUAGUAGUGUCUCGUUAUUAUUAUUUCGUUGUAUUAUAUUUGGAGCUUGUUCACAGAAAAAAAGGAAGUGUCGCCGAAGCUCAUUGAUAGACCGCCGUGUGUCCGAGCAUCUGGAAGGGUUUUGGCAUUGCAUUGCUAAUCGCUCAGAGUUUCUUACUUUUUUUGCUUUUCUUCUGCGAAGUUGUACUGUAGGCAUACCUGCGCAGUGUGGUGUCCUUAGUGUUUUAGAACUGUCACGUACUGCGCUCUCUAAUCUUGCUCUUGUCAUGUAGGCGCAGAACAGUGCUUCAAAGUGUUACGUCUGCGCAUGCUCACUGUGCAGAAGAGGCGUCAGACAUAAUGGCCUCGUCAGUGUCCACAGCAGGGCCGCAGAACCAUAGAUCGAUCGCACGUUGACCUUCGCGACACUGUCAAAACGUUCAAUAACAGGCGAUAAUCUUUAGUGGGAACAGACUCACGAAAUAUCUCCUAUGCCAUAUAGCCCAACUUCUUCACAGCAGCCGGAUUGCAUGAAGAGCUAGGCGUACAUAAUUACUUAUAAAGCAGGGCUAGAUUAUCUAAUUGGCAAAGCGUCACUAAACAACAUUGCUGUUCGUAUUCACUUUAGCGCACACGUUUCCUGUACGCGAAAUCGAUAAUGAGAAGUAAUGAAGUAACAUGCUUUUAGCAGAAUACCUGCUGCUUAUCAUUAAUAUUGAGAAACACGUCCGUUCUCUAGUUAAAUGCAUUGAUGUUCCGGGUGGCACAUAUCAUCAUUGCAUUUUCAGCAGUGGUGCUGCUGUCCAGCUGUCACAUAAUUGCGUUGCCCGCCACAAGUGAUUACUAAUAAGUAUGUUUCCACACAAAUAAAUCUAACAGUCCAUCAGUACUGAACCGUUGCUUAUGCAAUCUCUCAAAUUUCAUACGUAUUCCAUGUUAUUGGUGCUGUAAUGGCAUGGAUUUGGUACGAAAUAUGCACUAUAUUUGUGCGGACGAUAUGGCGAAACGCGUGGAGUCAUAGGUCUGUGCACGAAAGCCCAUUAAUAGAAGUUUUUUUUUCUCGAGAUGAAAUUACAGGUAUAUUAAUAGGCAAGAUGGUGUAAAACACGGAAGUCCAAAUAUGUCGCUCGUGCUGCAGAUUUACAUUUGACAUCGCCGAAGUUCGCUGGCAUUUGACGUCCCACGCAAAAGUUGCUGCCUAAACAAAGACGGCGCGGAAGGUUGACACAGUCAGCAAGCGGUACAGACGGGUCACGAAGAUGACUCACUAUUACUCGAGUUUAUUCUCAAGCAUACAAAUAUGUACGUGCAAAAUUACCCUGCAAUAACUCUUCAAGGGGGAGAAAAGAAAGUUUCGUCUUGGAAACGUCACUUCUUUUACGAAUAUCUAAAGCUAAAGUUUCUUCAAUUCACACUUUCUGAAGCAGCUUCGUUUUUGUUUCGUAGCGAAAGACUACAAUGUUGCGAUAACACGUACAGCCUCUGUCGGAAGGAACGAAUUGAGUAAGGGCUUGAGUAUUUCUGAUUCCCGGUCGCGUCAUCGCGUCGCACUCGUGAGUCAGGCGUUUUAAAGUUUCGAUGGGAGAGGACAACUGUUCUGCACUUUCCUCCUAAUUUAAUUUUAGCUUUUGGGAUGCAAUAGGACGUCGACCAGACAUCUCAGUAACGGCUGCGGUCAUGAGAACAGUGGCUGUGUUUCUUUUGACAAAGACUGCACAUGUUUCUUUUAAGUUAAUUGGUCGAAAUAGAUGGCAGAUUCACGGGAGUAACACGAGGCGCAGUCAUCGUUAUUCAUGACCACCUUGUGUGAUAAAAUAUUGCUACAAAAAACGCGUUUACGAAAUCGCAGAUACUUUCGUCACAAGUCAACUACUGUCGGCCUGCAUUGACGUUUAUGUCUGUCACGUUGCUCUGUUUUCAUAAACGUCUCGCCCACCAACCGAAUUCUCUCUAUCAUAAUUGUCGAGGGCAGAUAUUUGAUAAUUCCCGCACUGUUCUGCGCCUGCGCAUAAGUGCAAAGCGCCCGGACGCUGGGCCGUCUUGCAGAAAAACGAAACUAUAGCCUCAUCUUCAAGACAGAAGCGCGGAGUUGGCCUUCUCUCAACUGCCUGUUGCGAAGUUUUGGUUAACAACAGCCACCAGUCGUAAAGUUAUGUUAUGCGCACUGGCGAGCGUUUCCGCUAGUUGGUUAGUUGGUUAUAAGCAUACUUAUUACUCUCAUUAGUGUGAAAAAAAACUAAAGCUCUCACAAACAACCACAGUUAAGUGCAAAACACAAGCUCUCGACUGUCAACUGUUUUAUUCCAUUCCAGUGAACCAUAAAAUGCCACUGCCGCAAUUGCUACGCAGUGGUCACAGCCAAAGGGCACAACUAAUGAAUUGAUCGUGAUUUUUUCUCACGCACAGAAUAGUUUUAUGACAUAACAUUGUUCGUUGUUGGAAAUGAACUCUCUUUAUAGUAUCAUCAUCAGGAACAGAAUCAGGAAGAGAAGGUUCCGCGUUAAGGAAUUGUUAUUAGACCUCUUUGAUAGCUAGUAAAAUUUAUGUAUGCAAGGCCGUGGCUGUUGUAUGGCUAGUACUGCAGUGACGCCUUCCGGUUCACGUAUGCGCAGGCGUCAUUACUUGUAGCGUCAAGUUACCUUAAGUUACCUUUUUACUCCAAUAAAACAGCUGGUAGUGUGUGCUUGGGUAGUGUAGUUCACGGUGUUCGUUUACAUGUGUUAUUUGUAGCGCUAUAAUGACAGUAAUUACGAGAGGCUCACUCGCUCGCACAGACAGGGACUGGGACGACCUCUGGCGGAACGUUUCGCGCUUGCAGCGACAGAUCGAAUUUUCAACUGCGCCUCGAAGAUGAGACUAUAGUCUACCGUUUCUCUACAUAGCGCAGUCCCGCUUUGGUUUGAAUGAUUGCUCACAAAAAAUAGCUGGUGCUGCUAUAUUGUCGAACUUUUUCAUUUUUUUGUCGCUGCUCGCUCGUACUGGUGCUGUAGUCGCAUUCGCUUGGCGAAUGCCUUCUAGCGAGCAGGCCUCGCUCACUUUCCGAACGCGUGUCAGAGAAUAGUAAGGUCGUACACCACACCGGAAGUAGAACAAACCGGAAAUGCAAUGUCAAGGAGGAGAACACCGCAUUGUGCAUUCAGCCAACGGGUACUUCCGGGGUCAGAGUUCCGAACCGGGCAUCCUUAAUUGAUACAUAUACCAAAUACAUAUUUCUUCUUUCAUCAUGAACAGUCGGUCUUGUGAAGCAUCUCUUUUAUAGUGUUCGACAUAAAUGCAAGGUCAGAUUUAUUUCUUGAACGGGAAAUGGGCGUUCAUUGUAAUAUUGGCGUGUCGCUGUACGGGAAGCAUCUCCCCCUUCAUAUUGGAUCGCCUUGUACACGCGCAAAAAAAAAGCAAAAAAAAAAAGGGGGGGGGGGGGGACGUUCGGGGCGAGCACAGAGCAACUGCGCAUGCGCUCGAAGUUUAAUCUAUCUGGCAAUCCAGCUUGGCAAACAGUGCAAAUUGGGCAGGAGUAUAGACAAGGAUGGGGGUGUGACCCAAGGACACGUCCUGUACGUCUCGUUCCCCAACACAAUUUGUGCUGCUUCUCUCUCUCUCUCUCUUCCUAACAUUGUUGCGCAAGCGCAGAGCCUGGCUCCUUCUAAACUUAUAUGCGCAAAUCGCAGUAACGCCCAAGCCGACGCCAAAUCCUCGGUCAACACGACGAAUGCAAUCUACGCGUUCUCCCAUUUAGUGAAAUCGAAACAAAACUAAAGAAGCAGAAAUUUGAACCGCCGGGCACCGCACAGAUAUUGUGUCCCUGCUGUAAGGCUGGCAGGCAUUCACAUCGUCGGAUUGAGGCUCAAAUUGUGUGCGUCUCUGUCGGGGCGGCUGCGAUGUGGUUUACGUGGGGAAUAAGGCUUUUACGUCGAUAGUGUCCAUCACGUGGCCGUUCGUAUGUGUGAAACUGUAUAGUAUAUUGCGCAGUUUUCUUUUUUCCAAAGAAGCUGCAAAUGUUGCUUUCUAUUUGUUUUUGUUUGUUUGUUCAAUGUCUAUUUUUCUCCGGACUGAAGGAACAAGAAGAAACAUGCAAAAAAAAUAGAGUAAGAACGAUCGCGAAACAAUUGUACACUGCAUGCCAAACAUUGUCACAUGUACUUGCGGGAACGGUGGAAGAAAAAAAAAAAAGACUGUCUACGAGACCUAUGGUUUGGUGAACAGUGCAACCUAGUCAAGUGAAGAUUUGCACCGUUACGGAAGAAAAUGGUGUUUUGAUAAUUAUAUAUAUAUAAAUAUAUACUUAAUAAACAGCUUGUGAAAUUUA